AUGAAUCCUGAUCAUGAAAACGUGAAGUACACUGGCUAUGGUUGGGAGUGUAUGCCCCAAAGUACUGAGGAUGAGCGGAAACCUAGUGGCCAGCAACCUGCCAGGCCGGGUACCGAAGGAACACAGAAAGGAUCAAAAAGAUCAAUCAUGCUAUCUGAUCAGGUCAUAGACCGACCAGCAAGAUUGACUAUCGAAGUGUUCCUGGAAUUGAGAAAAGAUCUCUCAAGUCUUACCCAGGAGUCUCUCGGUGAAGAUGCAAAAGUUAUUUUCCACUGGUACCUGGAAUUACAGAGCCAGUUACAACCACCACCGAAGCGUACCGAGCUAGAGAAAUAUGCUCAAGAUCUUUCGUCUCUGUUUGCGUCUAUGUUUGUGGAAAACUAUUCGCAAUAUAUUAUUCAAGACCUCACUUAUGACACUCGUCUUAAGCUAGCCAUUAUCUAUUGGCAUUUUGAUGACCCAGGCUUGGUGCGCGGAUUCCUUCGGAGCCCGAUCAAUAAGGAGGUAUGGGAAGGUCUUUAUGCAGAUUACCUGACCUAUAGUCAGCAAGAUAUCACCUAUCUUGAGUUCAUACAAUCCUUUGAAUUUUUGCUGUCGCCACAACUCCCAAAGCGUCUAGCAAGUCCAAAAUUAAGGGGAAGUGCACGCCAUACCUCGCGAACUCUUGCCAAACGAAGACACCACCCCGUGUCCAUCCCACGGUCGCAGUCGACCAGUCUUCUAUCCUCUCUGCCCCCACGACCGGACGCGAACGAUCGUCCUACUUUGCCUCCGAUUCACGAAGUACUGAAGGGCGUCUGUCCAGACUUCCUAAAUGCUAUGUUCGUCCGUGAUAUCACAUCGCAACCGACCUCCGGUUUAGAGAGGCAUACAAGUACCACACAAAGCAAACUUACCAUGAACGAUCGAGAUUCACUUAUGUCCCAUACGAAUGUAUACCUCCAGGAUCGGCUCCAUCCCCCGCAAACUCGUGCCAAACAGAAGGUUCGAUUCGAACUACCACUACGAUAG